UUGUGAUCGCCAUUUGUUUGUCGUGCAUCAUGCAGCGUCAACAUUUACCUUGUUUACACUCUAGUGGCUACAUUUAUUGUCCAUUCUUAAUGAAACUUGUCUGUGGGUGUGUCUGUCCGAAUAUGCUGCGUCGCGUGAACCUCCAAAAUGCUUGAGCUAAAGACAUGCAACUUAACAGGAAUAUUGGAUGAAGAAGAGCGUGACAUCCUGGUAGGAAAGUCGAAAAGUCCGACAAAGAUGAGAUCAAUUUACAUACAGGAUGCAACGGUGGACAGAGUAAAAGUGGCUUUGUGGAGAAACACCAACAAAGACGUCAGAACUGGGGAUUACGUCAAAAUCACUGAUUUGACAAUACACACUUACCAAACAAAGUACACAACUGAAACCAGCUUCAAUUCUACCUACACAACUUCAGUUACUAAAGUCGAACAACCAACUGUACAUGUGACGGUUACAGUAAUAGGUGCCUGUGUACAAGAUGACGUUACAGAACUUCUCCUCAGUGAUGACUCUGUGAGGGCAAUACCUUCACAAUUAUUAAUGGCUGCCCUUCCACAAGAACUUGAUGAAGACUUGGAUCCAGAAUCUUUCUUUGCAGAGAAAAACAAACUUAAGGCUGCAAUUAAAAGGAUCAGAAGUACUUUCAGUGGAACUUCAGUAAACUGUUAUACAUAUACAUGACAUUAUUCAGCAUUCCUAGUUUACCUUGUUUUUCAUAGUGUUUUUUUUAUAUAAAUCUACUACUUUUUCAUACAUUUUACAACAAGCUCCUAAUUUUCCUAGUUAUGCCCCUCUUCGAAGAAGGGGGAUAUUGCUUUGCACAUGUUAGUGUGUUGGUCUGUCUGUCCGUCCACCACAUGAUUGUCUGAUGAUAACUCAAGAACGCUUAGGCCUAGGAUCAUGAAACUUCAUACGUACAUUGAUCAUGACUGGCAGAUGACCAACUAUUGAUUUUGAGGUCAAUGGACACAGGUGAAGGUCAUAGUGACUUGAAAUAAGAAAAUGGUUUCUAAAUGUGACUCCAGAAUGCUUACACUAAGAUCAUGAAACUUAAUAGAGACAUUGAUCAUGACCAGCAUCUGACCCCUACUGAUUUUCAGGUCAAUAGGUCAAAGGUCAAGGUCACAGUGACCUGAAACAGUAAAAUGGUUAACUGGAAAUAGCAAAAUGUUUUCCGAAUGAUAACUCAAGAACGCUUACCCCUGGGAUCAUGAAACUUCAUAGGGGCAUUGAUCAUAACUGGCAGAUGACUCAUUGAUUUUCAGGUCACUAGGUCAAAGGUCACAGUGAAACGAGGCAGUAAAGUGGUUUACUGGAAAUAGGAAAAUGCUUUCCAGAUGAUAACUCAAGAAGGCUUACGCCUGGUAUCAUGAAACCAUCACCACCUCCACCACCACCACAAUGACAAAAAACGUAUUCACACAAUGGCUGCCGUUACAACUGACAGCCCAUAUGGGGGGCAUGCAUUUUUACAAACAGCCCUUGUUCUUUUUAAAGUAACCAGUCUUAAAAACUUUUAAUGGGCCAAAAAAUAAUUUGGUUUUGUUAAUUUAAUGUCACCUGAAUAUGUAUACAUGUAUUCAUAGUGUUUUAAAUAUAGUGAACUUGUGUUUGCGGUAGGUAUAAUGGCAUUUUUAACAUACCUGAAAUUACGCAUAUACUUGCUUGAUUUUGUCAUUUGCAAAGAUUGCCAACAUACAACAUGAAGAAGUAAUUAGGCAAAAUUAUUUUUACAAUACUUGAGGCUGAACCCUACACAUUCAGUUUAAUUGGGUCUAGCCACUCAUUAGUUAUCAAUAAGAAAGCAGGGAGAUUUAAUAUUUGAGUUUCAUCUACAGAUCAUGAGAUGUAGCAUUUAUAGGUACAGGAAAAGACUCGACCUUGUAUAAAUGCAAAGGAUCUUUCAGUUAUAAAAUUAGAAGUUUUAAAAUUAAAAACAAGCUUGAUCUUGUAAACAGAAAAUCAUUCAUGGAGUACACGACUUUUCAUUGAUUAAAUCAGGAACUCCUAACUUAAAUUCUUCUAAUUCAUCAUGUAUGCUAUUGGUUUCUCUUAUAUGAUCCAUAAGAAUACUUGUAACAUAAUAAAUGACUUGGUGCAUAUUUGAGGAUGUUGACUGCAAUCCACAGUCAAUAAAUUUGUUUGGUAGCAUGUUAUAUUUAAUACCUGACAUACAGUUGUCCAUUCUUAUAAAUGGUUAGUUUAUUCAUGUGAUCAGCAAGAAAAUUUACAUGAUCCAUUGUUGUAGUGCCGAAAAGUCCUGUUGAAAGUUUAUCUAUGAAAAGCAAAAGUGCACUUUUACUACUCGAUUAGAUUAUGGUUGAUUAAAGAAUGAGACUAUAAAUACUCGAAAUUGUACACUUGUAUUUUGCUCCUGUUAAUUGUCUGAGGCUUUUUAUUCGAG